AUGAAUAGGAAGGCAAAACGUAAAAACAAGAACGUAGCAAUAGCAAAAUCGCGGCAAUGGUUGGAUCUUCCGGAAGAAAUAUGGGAGAACAUAUUAAAGAGGCUAGGGGCAAUAGAGAUACUGGAGAAUGCACAGAAGGUCUGCACUAUGUGGAGGCGAGUGUUCAAAGACCCUUUCAUGUGGCGUGUCAUUGACAUAUCGAAUUGUCGCGGCCUCUCCGACUCCAACCACUUCCAAAAAAUAUGCAGCCACGCUGUUGAUUGCAGCCAAGGUGAACUAGUUGACAUCAGAUUGGCGUUUUUCGCAACGAAAGAGUCGCUUGCUUAUGUAGCUGAGAGAUCAAGAAAACUUAAAAGACUUAGUAUUGCAUGGUGCCACUCAAAAUUAGUACCUGAAGUCUUAGUUGAAGUAUUUCAAAAGUUGCCACUAUUGGAAGAGCUAAGUCUGACAGACACUGCUAUUACAAUAAAAGGUAUUGAAGCUCUUGGACGCUUUUGCCCACGACUUAAGUCAUUUGAGUUGAAGAAUGUCGUCUCUUAUAAUAUAAAAUCGGUUGGUAAAAGAAAUGAUGAGGCGCUAUCUAUAGCUAAAAACUUGCCUGCGUUGCACCACCUUGAGCUCAUUGGGAACAGUAUGACAAAUGUAGGCCUUGGAGCGAUUCUUGAUGGUUGUCCUAAUCUUGUGUUACGUGACCUACGGGGGUGCUUUAAUGUUAGACUCGACAAGGUCUUGAGUAGUAGAAUUUCUCAACAGAUUAAAGAUGUGAAGUACCCUCGUGACUCUUUGGCAGUAUCUUCAACAGCUACCUUUUUGCAAUUUGUAUUAUGUAAUUUUGCAGUUUCCUUUGCUAGAUGGUCUCAGCAAUCAGCAUGGCAUGUUGACUUUUGA